CGCCGUGGACAGCCGCACGCAGCGCCAUGACCCAGAAGACAGUCCUCAUCACGGGAUGCUCCUCGGGCAUCGGCCUCUCGCUCGCCACGCGCAUCGCCAAGGACGAGAAGAAGAGGUUCAUGGUCUACGCCACCAUGCGGAACGUGAGCAAGGGCGAGGCGCUGGUGGAGGCGGCCGGUCGCAGCCUGGGUCGCAGCCUGGAGAUCAAGCAGCUGGACGUGUGUGACGAGGCGUCCAUCAAAGCCUGCGUGGACAGUCUGCCCGAGCGCAGGGUGGACGUCCUGAUCAGUAACGCCGGCGUGGGCCUGAUCGGACCCAUGGAGUGUCAGUCCAUCCAGGACAUGAAGAGCGUCAUGGACACCAACUUCUUUGGACUGGUCAGACUGCUCAAGGAGAUCCUUCCUGACAUGAAGCGACGCAAGAAAGGUCACAUUGUGGUCAUCAGCAGCGUCAUGGGCAUACAAGGAAUCCUCUUCAAUGAUGUCUACGCCGCAUCCAAGUUCGCCGUGGAGGGGUUCUGUGAGAGUUUGGCCGUGCAAGCUCUGAGGUUUAGUCUCAACAUCAGUCUGAUCGAGCCUGGUCCCGUCAUCACAGAGUUUGAGCGUAAAGUGUACGAAGAAGGCCUGAAGACGGACCUCAGCGGUGCAGACAAAGUGACGGCAGACAUGUUUACUAACAUCUACCUGAAGAACUACAAACAAAUAUUUGAAACGCUCGGUCAGACGGCCGAGGACGUGGCUGAGCACACGCUGAAGAUCAUCACCAUGGACAACCCGCCUUUCCGCCACCAGACCAACACGCUCUACACCCCCAUGACCACGCUCAAGUACGCCGACCCCAACGGCGACCUGCCCAUCGACACCUUCUACAAGAUGGUGUUCGAGCACGACAAGGUCUUCAACGCCAGCCUCAACUUCCUCAAGCUGCUGCGCUGGAGGAGCAGGAAGAGCUUCACCAGCGACAAGAGCAACUGAGCAUCUCAAUGUGUCACCUCCAGAUCACAAAUGAUGGAAGUAUUUAUUCCACUGUGUACCUAAUGAAGUGGCCGCUCUUUUGCAGCAGUAAAUGAGAUCAUAGAAGAAGAGCAGAGUGUUUGUACGUGUCAGCAGCAGAGAUGAUCUAGAUAAUCUGUCAGUCACGUGUCCAAUUAUUCAUCACAUAGGAGGAUCAGGAAGAAAGGAAACAUCAGUGCGUUUAUGGAGUGAGUUGGAAAAACUCCACAAACACACAAAAAUGUUUUUACUAACAGCCAACAAUUCUCAAGUGAAAAAAACUGUCUUUACAAUUAAAAGAAAUCAAUUCACAAGUUAAAAAAACAACAAAUUCUCAACUAGUAAAACAAAAAACAUUUUUCUGAAAGUAAACAUAAUAGUGUAUAAGUAUAAAAACAAUAUGCGAUUAUAAAAAACAACAACAUUUUUUGCAAGUGAAAAACAAUUUUCUGAAAGAAAAAACCAUUUGCCAGUAAAAAAAACAACAAUUUUAUCUGGGUCAAAAUAAAGAUUGACAUUUUCCUUCAAUUACAAAAACGAUUUGCAAAUAUAAAAACAAAUAGCUGCUGGUAUUUGCGCAUGGUGCCGUCUGCCAAAAAGAACAAAAAUGAAGAAGCAAGUUGGGGAGUAAAAUGGCGUACAGAAGAGAGGGAAACAAACGUACUCCCCGCCCUGCUUCUUUCUUAUUUGCGGCGGACGGCACCAUGCGCACCUUAAAUUGAAUCAGCCACACCGUUUGUGAAGUGAAUUAUAUUUACAUUUAUAGGGACGGCGUGGCGAAGUUGGUAGAGUGGCCGUGCCAGCAAUCGGAGUGUUGCUGGUUACUGGGGUUCAAUCCCCACCUUCUACCAUCCUAGUCAUGUCCGUUGUGUCUUGGGCAAGACACUUCACCCCUUGCUCCUGAUGGCUGCUGGUUAGCGCCUUGCAUGGCAGCUCCCGCCAUCAGUGUGUGAAUGUGUGUGUGAAUGGGUGAAUGUGGAAAUAGUGUCAAAGCGCUUUGAGUACCUUGAAGGUAGAAAAGCGCUAUACAAGUAUAACCCAUUUAUCAUUUAAUUUUAUAUAGCACUUUUCUCUCAUGACUCAAAUAACUUUACGUAGUGAACCCCAUUAUCUACAUUUAAAAGAGGGUGGCACUGUGAACAGGUCAAGUGUGUUGCUCAAGGACACAACAGCAGUGACUAUAGGGAAGCAGGGAUCAAACCUGGAACCCUCCAGCGUCUGGCAAGGCUGCUCUACCAACUGAUCCACGCAGCACUGUCGUUGUAGAGUGCGAAUUACGGGUGCUCUGAGUCAAGUGAGCCAACCACACCAGUGGGGAAUAUUACUGCCAAAAGUUUGAACUUUAAGAAAAUUGUUUUUAAACUUGCAAAUUGAUUUUUUACUUGCAGAAAAUGAUUGGUAUACAUGCGAAUAGUUGGGUGUAAGUCAAACAUUUAUGACCGCUUGUGUCGUUUUGGCAGUAAGUUCACAUUUCAGGAGUGUAAAACUCAUUUUCAAUUAGAGCUACAUCGCAGUUAAGGGUUAACAUUGAAUAUUAUAUGAAUAUAUAUAUAUAUAUAUAUACAGUUAGGUCCAUAAAUAUUUGGACAUUGACACAAUUGUCAGU